CGCCGCUGCCAGAGUCCGUCCAACGAGAUCACACGAGACUAGUCUUGCUUCCCCCCUCCCUCGCCCCACACAGCUCAGGCAUUUACUUAUUCAACAUGGCUACGACUGCAUCGUUAUCGAAAUUCAACGAGAUUUAUGAACUGAAAGAAGAACUUGGCAAGGGAGCUUUCUCAAUUGUACGGAGAUGUGUUCAGAAGUCUACAGGACUGGAAUUUGCAGCUAAAAUUAUUAACACGAAGAAACUCUCCGCCAGAGAUCAUCAAAAGCUAGAAAGAGAAGCUAGAAUUUGUAGAUUGUUGAAACAUCCAAAUAUUGUGCGCUUGCAUGACAGUAUACAAGAUGAAGGAUUUCAUUACCUGGUCUUUGAUUUAGUAACAGGUGGUGAAUUAUUUGAAGAUAUAGUUGCUAGAGAGUUUUACAGUGAAGCAGAUGCCAGUCACUGCAUGCAGCAAAUAUUAGAGAGUGUUAAUUAUUGCCAUCACCAUGGUAUUGUACACAGAGAUCUGAAGCCGGAGAACCUGCUGCUUGCUAGCAAAGCAAAGGGAGCUGCUGUCAAGUUAGCGGAUUUUGGACUGGCUAUUGAAGUAAAUGGGGAUCAGCAGGGAUGGUUUGGUUUUGCUGGAACCCCUGGUUAUCUUUCACCAGAAGUAUUAAGAAAAGAUCCAUACGGAAAACCUGUAGAUAUUUGGGCAUGUGGGGUUAUCUUAUAUAUUCUCUUAGUUGGUUAUCCUCCGUUCUGGGAUGAAGAUCAACAUCGGUUAUAUGCACAAAUUAAAGCAGGAGCAUAUGAUUAUCCUUCACCAGAAUGGGACACUGUGACCCCAGAGGCAAAGAAUCUCAUCAACAGUAUGCUGACUGUGAACCCUGCCAAAAGGAUCACCGCAUCUGAGGCUCUGAAACAUCCUUGGAUCUGUCAACGAGAGCGUGUUGCUGCUGCUGUACACCGACAAGAAACUGUAGAUUGUUUGAAGAAAUUCAAUGCCAGGAGAAAACUAAAAGGUGUUAUUCUUACCACUAUGCUGGCAACCAGAAACUUCUCCAUAAACAAAGACUCUAGUGAAAGUAGUUUGGAAGAUUUGAAUGAACAAAGAACAUUGGACAAAUAUGGAGAAGAUCAAGCACCAGCUCGGCCUCAACCUUCCGCUCCUCCAUUAAAUUACUCGGAUACAGCUUCAACACCAUCUCCCAGUUUGGUUUCCAGGCCACAUCGUAGAGCUCCAAUGAGAGCAAAACCAAUUGAUCUACCUGAGGAAUCACCUACGUUCCAUACCACCCCUCCAUAUCAGCCAGAGCAAACUUCAAAGAAAACAGGCAUGAACAAACUUCACCGUCCCUUUGAAGUACCUGUUUUUAAUGACAGAGGCAUUGGUUUGCCCAAAUUGCAACCAGUAACUAUGGUAGCUAAACCAAAUGCCCAGUUUUCUCCACAUCGCUUCAAAACAAGUUCUGAUGUCCAAAUCACUAAUUAUGCUUCCAACUUACCUUUCUUAAGAUCAACACCAAGUCAUAGUAAGCUAGGAUUUAAAGAUCUACAUGAACUUCAACCUCAGUAUUCCUAUGAUCAAAUGAAAUAUUUCCCAGGUGGCCAAAAUCAAAGACAACACUACAUGCAAUCUCCUCAAUAUUCACCUGUGAACCCUAAGACUCGUUUUGAACAGUUUUAUGAUAGAUCCUCUGAGUAUGCUGUUCUUCAUUCAGUACCUAUGCCACAGCCAGCAAGUAUAUAUGGUAGUAUUUCAAUGCCAUCUUUGUGUGAUAUUGACCCUUUGGUGCCAGUGUCAUAUGUCAGGGAUCCCAGAUAUGCACAUACUCAGUCCCACUUUUUAAACAGAAAACACAAUACUCAUUUAGCACCUGGUUGCAAUCAAAUGUCAGCAUCUGACUACAAUCUCCACAACAUCUCAGAUAAUGUUGGUUUUGAAAACCUGUUCUCAACACCUAUGUAUGGAGCACCUCAAGCACAUCGGAGAUUUUAACUCUGAUACACUGAUUUCUUAUCGCUUGCUAUCAUCAUCCUCACAACUAGCUUCUUUCUUCUGACUGAUGUUCAAAUGGUACAGUUAAUCCUCAAUGAAUAGAAAGAGACAGCAGACCUGCUUUUGGUUCCCAAUUGGAAGUUAGUGUUCUAAUGAUGCUAGAAGAGGCAUCAAAGUCUCAACGUUGAAUUUUUUCUUAUCCUUACUAAGCAAAGCUUCAGUGAAAGAUUACAGAACCAGUAGCAUAUCAGACAAAAUAUCUGUGUAGUGUUCAGUUUUGCCUUUUGAUUUAAUCAACUCUAUGCAAUGAGGGUUGAUUAAAUCAAACACACUAUCCUCCAGUAUUUCUGCUAUUGUGGCAAAAUUAGAAAUUAUUAUUAGGAUUAUCUACUAUAGAAUCAAAGAAGCUACCAAGGAGCUGAGAAAGAUACCAGAAUCUAAAAGAACUAAUGACCAUCUGUGUUAACAGACCUCUGUUCAGUAAAGUUCACAAAAUACCUGAAAUCUUAGAAUUCUCUUCUAUCUAUAUCAUCAUAACAUAUUUUUAAACUUUAUCCAUGAGCUGAUUCAGUAUCAUUGUUUCAGUUCUCAAAGAGGGAAAAACUAUUUUUAGAAAAGUAGAAACAGUGUAGUUAAAAUAUGUUCCAUCUCUAAAGGUGGGGUUAAUAGUCCAAAAAAUUAUGAUCAUAUUAACUAUAACUCAACUCUGUCACUUAAACUUUGGAUGGUAUGCAGUCUUAUUUCAGUCC